CCCGUUCACAUUUUACAAUAUGGUUUCAUUUUCAGACCACCACCCGCUCCUUACCCACCGCCUGCAGAUCCACCGCUGAAAGAGAACAGUCAUUGGCGAUCAAUUGCGUUCUUUCGUCACAUAAGGGGAUAGGAAUCAAAGAAAGAGAGCUGAAACGGGAAACCUGUGCAUAGUCGCCAUUAAGAUCCCACAUAAGAGGGAGAGAUUUCACAUCUAGAUGCUCAUGGUCAUAUAUUAUAUGUACCAUGUUCCCAUGUGAGAAGACCCAAGUGGCACUUACCUUCAGUUCCCCGCCAAUAUUGCCUGCAUCAAAGUGAUCCCGCCCCCUUUUCUGCCCCCCGCCCCAGCGCCAUGGGGAGGAGCUUCAUCUUCAUAGCAUUCCUCAUCGUAUUUUGGUAUCUCUCCAACAUUGGUGUUCUUCUCCUGAACAAGUACCUGCUGUCCAAUUAUGGAUUUAGCUACCCAAUCUUCCUCACCAUGUGCCACAUGACUGCCUGCGCUUCUUUUAGCUACGUGUCAAUUGUUCUGAUGAAAAUCGUGCCCCUCCAGACGAUAAAAUCAUGGCACCAGUUCACGAAGAUCGCAGCUUUGGGAGUGGUUUUUUGUGGGUCUGUGGUGGGAGGCAACGUCUCUCUGAAAUAUUUGGCUGUGUCGUUCAACCAGGCUGUGGGUGCGACCACCCCUUUCUUCACUGCUUUGUUUGCAUACUUAAUGACGUUCAAGAGGGAGGCAUGGGUCACUUAUGCUGCACUUGUUCCUGUUGUUGCGGGGGUGAUCAUCGCCAGUGGGGGUGAGCCAAGUUUUCACUUAUUUGGGUUUAUUAUGUGCAUUAGCGCAACCGCUGCACGUGCUUUCAAAUCUGUACUUCAGGGCAUUCUACUUACUUCUGAAGGGGAAAAGUUAAAUUCAAUGAAUUUGCUUCUAUACAUGUCACCUGUUGCGGUUCUGGUUUUGCUGCCUAUUACGCUGAUAAUGGAACCUGAUGUAUUGCAUGCCAGCCUUUCUCUUAUGAAAACUGAUAAGCUUAUGCUGUUCCUUCUCUUUGUGAACUCUGCAAUGGCCUAUUCAGCAAACUUAUGUAACUUUCUGGUAACGAAGCACACCAGUGCAUUAACUCUUCAGGUCUUGGGUAAUGCAAAAGGUGCAGUGGCAGUUGUUAUUUCGAUUCUGCUAUUUCAGAAUCCAAUUUCCUUCAUAGGAAUGGCUGGCUAUUCACUCACGGUGCUGGGAGUUGCCCUCUAUGGAGAAACGAAGAGACGAUACAGCUAGGACUCAUAGAUGGAAUUCUCUUCUGAUUAUGUCACGGUCAUUCCUUUAACAUUAUCCAGAAAGGAAGAUGCACAAACUGGGGACAAAACAGGAGUUGGUUAGUCGCAAAAGAGAGAGACUUUCUUCUCUAUUCUUAGUGAUGAUCUUUUCAGAGGCUCGAUCAAUGUGCUCAAUUUUUUUGAAUACUACAUCUCUUGGUUAUUACAUUUGCUGCUGUAGCAGUUUUAUUGUAGUCCAAGUUUGUCGAUUUUUACUCA